CUGAAACAUUUUACUGGAGAGGAAAUUUCGUGGAUCCCCGUGGAUCCGCGCCUGGAUGAAUAGAUGCAGCCGUGGAAUUGUUCCACGAUGCAGCGAUAGGUCCACGGCGUAAGAAAUCUUACAGAGUGCAUAUGUAUUCCGGAGGGCGCUGUUAGGACCCAUAUUAGAUCACAAUACCCAUAGAGUAGAGUACUGUUGUAUCUCUCUAUGAAAAUACCUCCUCUUAUGGUAGGACUAUAGCUUCGGUUCAUUGAAAAAGCAGUUCUGUACUGUUCUUUGAGAUGAACCGGCUCAUUUGAGUGGCUCGUGAGCUGAUUGGAUUGCCCAUCUUUGUUUGGAAGUGUCAAAUUCUGAGUCUGACGUUUCAAUAGGGAAGUUUUUCUUGUAGCUGGUAAUUUGUAAUGUGCUGUUAUUAAAAGAAACGUUCUUUGGAGUAAUUGGCAUAAAUAUAUCAUAAAAUUAGUUCAUCAUGAGCAUGACAAUUUCGGCUGUUCGUCCUAGAACUAGUAUUCUUGAUAAAUCGUUAAGUCGCGGCCGAGGAGAAGUUAGUUUGAGCUGCUAUGCUUUACUUUUCUCGGAAUUAGUGCAGUAUUGUCAAAAUCGAGUAUAUACUGUACCCGAACUUCAAAAUAAGUUAGCUGAAAUGGGCCAAGAAGUUGGGGUGAAGCUUAUUGAUCUUUUCUUUGUGAGAGAAAAGAAUUGUAAACGUGAAAUAAAGUUAUUAAAUAUGCUCUUAUUUGUUAAAUCAACUAUGUGGAAGAGUCUGUUUGGAAAAGAAGCAGACAAGUUGGAACAUGCCAAUGAUGAUGAAAGAACAUACUAUAUAAUUGAAAAAGAUCCUUUAGUUAAUAGAUUUAUAUCGGUACCCAAAGACAAAGGGAGUCUAAAUUGUUCUAUAUUCACUGCAGGAAUAAUUGAAGCAGUUCUAAAUGGAUGUGGUUUUCCUGCAAAAGUCACAGCUCAUUGGCACAAAGGAACCACUUACAUGGUGAAAUUUGAUGAUUCAGUUAUCACAAGAGAUAAGCAAUUAGAAGAGAGAUGAAAUUGUAGAGUGUGGAUUUGUAUUAUCUAUUAUGUACCGGAUAAAAUGUAAUGUAAAUACGUUUGUUUUCAAAAAAAAUAAAUUUUCAAUAGUUGCAAUAAAGUAU